UUUGUUCCUGGACGUCUUGUCCCCUUGGAGGCCUUGCGGGGCGAGGGCGGCCUGCGGAGCGGGACAGCCAGGGCUUCUUGUGGGAGGGCGGCGAGGUAGAGGCGCUGGCGCGCGGCCGUUGGGGCUGUGACCCGCUGCUCCGGGUCGCGGUCCCGUGCCGGGGCGUCGUGGAGCCCUUCUGCUGCGGGUGCCCGCGUGCCGGGGCGGUGGCCUUGGAGGCGGAAUGCGCCGGCGGUCGGGCUGCGGAUUGUUAGGGGUGUGGGGCGGCCCGGGAGCCCUGCCGGGUGCUCGGGGUGAGUGCCAGCUCGGCUGCAGCCCGGCGCGGAUGGAAAGCGGGCGGCGGCGAACCCUGGGGCAGCUCUCCGCGGACCACCAGUCGUGCAGCUGCCGUCCCGCCGCUUCGGAGCUCAGGGGCAGGGCCGAGUGGCGGUGGUGGAGGCCUGAGGUCUGCGGAGCGCAGCAUGUGUCAUGCAACGUUUGUUCCUUUGCAGAAAAUGUUUGCCAGGUUCAGCACUCGCCUCCUGACACGGUAGUGGACUCUGCUGCCCUCCUGCCUGGCCAUCACUCUUCCCGCUUCGCUAACAGCCUUGUCAGUUAGUGACCUGGCCAGAUGACCACCACAUGGCAGUUGAUUAGCAGUUCUCGCUUGGUCUCACCAGGUCACGGUAGUUCCAGUUCCUGUUCAUGUUGGUGAUGAUGAUGAUGUCUGAAAAUAACUUUAAUUUUUUUCCUACUUUGUUAUGUUUAUAUUUAUUUUUAUGUUGCUUUGGCUCGCUCAACCCUCCAGGACAGAGUGGAAAAAUAAGGUGGUUGUGCGCUUUCUUUUUUUGUUGCCUACACAUAAAAUUCACUCGCUUUAUUGUCUGGAGUUAACAUUGUCCCCGGAGGUAGGAUCAUAGAAUAGUGAAUUCAUCCAGGAUUUCAAAUUUAAUGACAUAAAAAUGUUGGUAGUGUUCUUUCAAGACAAAAACGACCUGAGUCAUGUUUCCCAUGAAUUCCUUAUAAUUUUUCUCUUUCUCUUUUGGUCUUUACAGAUUUAUAUAUUUUAUGAUCUUUUCAGGCAAGUUUUUGGUAUUGAACUUUUUGUUGGUUAUUUUUCUUAAAUUUGUAUUUUAAAAAUGUACAAUUUAAUGAUCACAAAAGCAUACAUGUGUAAGCAAUCGUUUUCCACACGGAGAAAUAGACCAUUGCCAGCACCUCAGUGGUGUUCUGUGGGCCUUUUUCAUUCCUCCUCCACGGGUAAUUACUAUAGUGAGCACUUCUCAGAUUUCCUUAAUAACUUGUAAAUUAGAGUAUAAUUAAUCAUUCCUCAUCAUUGUAUUGCAUCAAAGUAUUGCAUACUUUGAACUGUGUAUCAGUGGCAUGGUGCAUAUUUUUGUGUGUGCACACUAGGGUUUUUCUCACUAUUGGUGAGUCUCAAGUCGUUGCACAUAGGUCUAUUUUCCUUGUUCUAUAGUGAGGGAAAGGCAAACUUAGUAUUUUGGGACUUGCAGUUUAUAUAAGGUCAUUUGUAUAUGCAUUUUUGUUUUUAUUUUACAAGUUUUUAAAAUGUAAAAACCACAGGGGGUGUUGGGAGAGAAGGGAAAGGAGGUACUGGAGACUGAAUUAGAACAAGAUAUAUUCCAUGCUUUUACAAUUAUUUCAAAGUGGAUUCUAUUGUCAUGUAUAACUAAAAAGAACCAAUAAAAAAUAAGUAAAAAUGUAAAAACUGUUCUCGCAGGUUGUAGUUUUUGUCUUGAUCCAUUAUUUGAAUAAAGUUUUUCGUACUACUUAAUUACAUUUGUAUUACUCACAGUUUGGAUUGUUAUGCAUAAUACUGCUAUGAGAAUUUUUGUGAAUACCUUCUGAUUCAAAUGUACCUUUAUUUAGGGAGAGGUAGGCAAUAGAUAUCUAAAGGUGUAUACCUCAGAAGUUUUGCUGUGUAGGGUGUGUAUGACAUCAUUUGCUUUAUGUAACCUGUUUAAGAUAUUUUUUCCAUACUCUAAUUGAUAGAACCUCCUAAAUCAUUUUCUGAAAGUGGUAUUGGUUUGCCACUCCCACUGAGGUUGGCAGUUGACUACAGAAUGGUUUUUGUGUGUCCUAAGCUGGAUUUCAGCCUUCUCUCCCAGCUCCAGUGGAUAGCUGGGAUAUCUGAACUCGCUUACUCCUGAGACGAGUGCUGAGGUGGGUCUCAUUCCCCACCUACUUUCGCAGUCAUCCUACUUAAAUCUCAUAUAGUAAAGACAUAGCUCUACCACAUUCAGAAUCUGAGGCUUCAUUGGCCAGAUACAAAAUCAGAUACAGGGACAGUUAGCAGUUCGGGGGCUUGGUGCUAAGAUGAGUGCCUGGGCAGCUACAGUACCAGACCCAGAGGAAAUGUACCAUCAAAUGGAGUUUUCUUUUCAAACCACAGGUCCUGACUUCUCAGAACCAAAACGAUUACAUGAAGGAGGAAGUUACAAGAUUGCAGCGUUAGCAUUUCUGAGGACACCUUUGAUUGAAAACUGAGUUUUCUGAAUAAGCAUUUAGAGCUGGUCCUGAAGACACCAAGGGAGAGCAUUCCAGUGGCCAGCUGUUUUCUGAGAACCGAAGAAAAUGAUCCAGUCCCAGGAGUUGCUGACACUGGAGGAUGUGGCUGUGGUCUUCACCCAGGAGGAGUGGCAGCUCCUGGGCCCUGCUCAGAAGGACCUGUACCGGGACGUGAUGUUGGAGAACUAUAGCAACCUGGUGUCAGUGGGGUGUCAAGCCACCAAGCCAGGUGCCCUCUCCAAGAUGCUAGGAGGAGAACCAUGGACAGUGGAAGGUGAAAUCCAUGGUGCAAAAGGUUCAGAAGUUUGGAAAAUUGACGAUCAUCUGCUAAAACCCUUAGAGAAUGAAAGCAAGGUGAACAGGAUGGUAUGGUGGUAUGAACAUAGUGCCUUUGGAAAUUCUGUUCAUCAGCACAGAGCUCCGUUUCUAUUAAGGCAAAACCUUGGUAUAUUUAAUUUUCAUGAAGAAAGUAUGAAACCAAACUUAGCUUUGGUUGACCAGAGCAGACAAUGUGAAAUAAAGAACUCUGCUGAGAUUUCUAGAAAUGGGGAAUCCUUUCUCCAUGUUACUUGUGAACAACUUCAUACUGGGAUUAAAUUCCCUGCAAGUGGAAAACUCAUCACUAAAACUCAGUUCACUUGUCCCAAGCCUCAGAAAACUCAAAAAGUAGAGAAACCUCAUAUAUGCAGCGAAUGUGGGAAAACUUUCAUCAAAAAGUCUUGGCUGACUGAUCACCAGAUCAUCCACACUGGAGAGAAGCCCCAUAGAUGUCAUCUGUGUGGAAAAGCCUUCUCCAGGAAGUUCAUGCUCACUGAACACCACAGAACCCACACAGGUGAAAAACCUUACAGAUGCACUGAGUGUGGCAAAGCCUUUCUCAAGAAAUCACGGCUCAACAUACACCAGAAGACUCAUACUGGAGAGAAGCCCUAUAUAUGCAGUGAAUGUGGAAAGGGUUUCAUCCAGAAAGGAAACCUCAUUGUUCAUCAGCGGAUUCACACGGGCGAGAAGCCUUACACGUGUGGCGAAUGUGGAAAAGGCUUCAUUCAGAAGACCUGCCUCAUAGCUCAUCAGCGAUUUCACACAGGGAAGACUCCCUUUGUGUGCAGCGAAUGUGGAAAGUCCUGUUCACAGAGGUCAGGGCUCAUCAAGCAUCAGAGAAUUCACACAGGAGAGAAGCCCUUUGAAUGCAGUGAGUGUGGGAAAGCCUUCACCACAAGGCAAAAGCUCAUUGUCCAUCAAAGAACUCACACGGGAGAGAGGCCCUAUGGCUGCAGCGAGUGUGGGAAGGCUUUUGCAUACAUGUCUUGUCUGGUUAAACACAAGAGAAUACACACAAGGGGAAAACCGGGAGAUUCAGGCAAGGUGGAAAUCCCUGCAGAGGGAGACAGCUCAUUCCAUACUCGUGAUGCCCACCAGGAGAAAAACCCUGUUAGCAUGCUGACUACACAGGUGUCUUCUGUGGCCCCUCAGACAGCAGUGGACAUCAGUGGACUCCUUGCUAACAGGAACCUGUUCCUUGUGGGACAGCCAGUGGCCAGGUGUAUACCCUCAGGGGACAGCAUGGGAUUCACACAGGAGAGAGACCUCACCAAUGCAGUGGAUGUGGUUGUGCCUCCAGUGAUCAAUUAUGUCUUAUUUUAUGUUACAGAAAAUCCAUAGGGAAAGGCUCAAUUCAUUCUAUUUGGGAAAGGGUUGAGCAGAAGUUUCUAGUUCACUAAAUGGCUGAAAAUUAUGUGCUGAGAGCAAUGACAAAAUGCUGAGACUGGGAAAGGGUGACAGACUCAUCCUUCCUCAGUGUUGUGUUAUCACAGAGGCACAUGUGAUGUUAAGUACCCAAACACAUAGGUACCAAUUGCUGUUUUGUAAAUUAAAUGAGUGAAGGGAGUCUGCGUUCACUUAAGUGGAGGAGAUAAGUAGAGUGAAUUUUUAAAUCAGCAUCUUGCAUGUUGUCAUGAAUGAAAAAACCUACGAGAUGGUUGAAGGGAAAGGGUUGGUACUGGAUGCAGGACACACACAUCGUCCCACUUUUCCCAGACAAAUGUGAGGGAAUCACUGAAACCAGAAAUUUCACGAAACCUGUGGAACUGCUGUGGAGGGACUGUGCAGUGAGAGCCUUCCCUGAGUCAGCGUGUUCACUCAACAGGUAUUUGACACAUGCUUCCUCUGUACCUAGACCUGUCCUGGGAGCUGAAGUCACAGAGGUGAACAAACAAAAAGUCCAGUCCCUGGGAGGAGCACUGCAUUAGCUGGGUCUUCCGUAAUUGGUAUCUUCACGUUCCAGCUGAUCUAGUUAGAGGGUGUGACUGUCUGCAUGGGUGAAAUGGGUACCGGUUGACUGGUUCAAGAGAACACGAUGGCUUAUGGCUAAGAGAGCAUCUCAUUUUGAGGGGUGAAAUGGACUCCUCCUUUGAGAAGAAAGGAGGGGUGCCAGGGAUUGAACUCAGGGGCACUUGACCACUGAGCCACAUCCCCAGCCCUAUUUUGUAUUUUAUUUGGAGACAGGGUCUCAUCGAGUUGCUUAGUGCCUAGCUUUUGCUGAGGCUG